AUAUUAUAUUUCGUCUUAAAGAGGUUAUAAAAUAUUAAAGCGUUUUACACACACGUACAUGCUAUCACAAACACACACACAAACAAAGAUUUGAAAGAGCUCUGACUAAAGUAGAUAUGGAAAAAACUAUUUAAUUUUCUUUUCUCUCAAUUCGACUGUAUGUAUUUUUUUAUGUGUGUUACCUCAUAACUUUUUUCUGCGUGUACCUUUUUCGAAGAUUCUCUUUUUAUUUGAAAUCUGUUGCGUAUCAUGGGCCCCAUAUAAAUUUAAUCUAGGUGUGACCAAUAGCUUUUGAGUUAUUCUUAAUAAUUCAUAUUGAAGUCGGUUGUACAAAAUUUUAAAUUAUGUUUUUAUAAGUUUUUAACAGUCAAUGAUUAUUGCGUCAUAGGCCACGUAACGGUAAGCGGAGUGUAGGGUGGCCUGCAUUAGAUGGUGUGAUGACCUGGUAAGACAUGGAGGAAGUCGAUAGAUCUCGGUGGCUCUGGACCGUAUUAUGUGGUGAUAUUUGAGGGAGGCCUAUGUUCGGAAAUGGACUUGUGAGAGAGAGGUUGCAAUGUUGCAAUAAUAAAGUUUAUAUAAAUGUUAAGAAAACUGUGAUAAAGGAAACGACGGCAGCCACUUUAUAUUCGCUACAUAAACGAUUUGUCACGGAAGUAUUUUUGGACGAUUUGCGAACCCGAUUGAAUAAUAAGGACUUUAAGUGGCAAGCCGACAGACCGGAGGGGAAGCGCUAAUGUUCGUGUUACACAUUAUACACAUGAACUUGGGACAGUUUUAAGCACUGAAUGCAUGACCUUGUUUUAUGUUGUGUUCCUGAAAUUUCAUAAGGUAAUAUCAAGUAAAAUAUCGACUUUCGUUUAAGAGAUUUAAUUUUGUAAGAUUUAACAAAUACUUGCUUUGACAAUAAUUGAAAUGUUAUAGAGUGGCAAAAACUAUCGCUAUUUAUUUUGAAUCAAAAAUACCGAUGCAUAGAUAUUUUUGAUAGAUCUUCCUCGACAGGGCUUUCUGAAGGUUCCUCGAACGAUGGCAACACAAGAACUAACCUAAUAAACAUUUUAAAUAGAUAAUUCUAUAGUCGUAUUUUUAAUUAGACGAAGCCAACUGACAGUAGCUAAUGUCACUUUGUAAAAUAAUGUUGCCAUAUUUAAAGUAAUAGUGAUGCGUUCAGUUCUCGUUCAAUCAGAUGAAUGAACAAUGAGUGUGUAUAGUUAAUCAUUUCAAACUAUAAAAGAAUAUUAUUUCUAUUUUACAAUAAAAUUGUAUAAAAGUGCUCUGAUAUAAGUUACUAGUAGUAUGUAACUACAAUCAGUUUUUUGAGGUUUUAUUACAAAGCGCGGCGCGGCGACUACUGCCAACACCGAUCAACGCCGCGCGCGUCGGUCGCCAUUUUGUUUGUUAUUCGGCUUCUAACCUCUGGUCUGAUAGCACGAAUGUUUUUUCUGCGCUCACGCUGUUUAGUUAUUGUUUUUGUUAAGUUUUUCGUUACGUUGUGUUUGUGGUAAUUGUUGUGUUUAUUUGUUGCUAUAUUGUUUCGUACAAAUGAUAUGGAUCCUCAACCAAGCACGUCAAGCCAAAGCUUGUCUCCAAGAAAGAAGAGACCACGGAUUGCUUUAAGCGUUACCGAAAAACUUAUGAUACAAAACGUCUACAAACACGUAUUUGAGGAAAAAGCUGCUUCACUAUUACCUAUUGAGGCCCCCGAAAAAAAAGAAUGUGUUUCGAAAACAGCUGACAUUUUGGGAAUUGGUGUGACCUCAGUUUACAGUGUGUUAAAAGAAUGCAAAGAAAAUGAACAAUUUAAGUCUCCCGAGAAACGUGGACCGAAACACAGUUUCAAAGAUAAAUUAGACGAUUUUACUUUUGCCGCUAUAAGGCGAAAAGUACAUAAUUUUUUUUAUGCAAAUGAGUCACCCACCAUUAUAAAGGUAACUUAAACUUUAUUCCUUCUACUGCAUUAUAUUCUGUGUCCACCAUAAUGUUCUUUGUAAAACCAAAGUAUUAGAUUGCGUAGACUUCCUUACUCAAAACAUAUUUUUAUUACUUUACAGAUUCUUAAGGUUGUCAAUGAAGACCCAGACUUACCCAAUUUUUCUUGGAGUACAUUAAGAAAUGUUAUGAAACAUUUAAAUUUCAAAUAUGUCACAAAAUCAAGACACAGCAUUUUAAUUGACAGACAGGACAUUAUUCUAUGGCGCCAGCGAUACCUUCGAAAAAUUAAAGAGUAUCGAAGGGAAGGAAGGUAUAUUUAUUACCAAGAUGAAACCUGGAUCAACGAAGGUCAUGCACCGAAGAAGGCAUGGAUUGACCAGACAGUGUUAUCGUCCCGCCAGGCCUUCCUAGAUGGCUUGACCACUGGCUUAAAACAGCCUUCAGGAAAGGGCAAACGAUUAAUUAUCGGCCAUAUAGGCGGGGAAGAAGGAUUCGUAGAAGACAGCUUAUUAAUAUUUGAAGCC